AUGGCGUUGGUUCUUCGCAGACUCUCAUCUUCCGUUAAGAAGCCGAUCUCGUUUGUUUCCUCUAAUGGCGGUUCCCUCCGCUUUAUGGCGUCUUCGCCAACCUCAGCUAUGGCGGACUCGGAGAGAUCUCAUUCCAGUUGGAUUAAGCAAUUGAAAUUAUUGAAUGCACCUCUGGAAGAAAUCGAUCCCGAAAUCGCAGAUAUUAUCGAGCUCGAGAAAGCUAGGCAAUGGAAGGGAUUUGAGCUUAUACCGUCAGAGAAUUUCACCUCUGCAUCGGUGAUGGAAGCUGUUGGUUCGGUUAUGACUAACAAGUACAUUGCCAUGGCCGAGUCAUUAUGUCAAAAACGCGCACUAGAAGCUUUCCAGUUAGAUCCUUCGAAAUGGGGAGUCAAUGUGCGGUCUUUAUCAGGAUCACCGGCUAACUUCCAAGUUUACACCGCACUGCUGAAACCUCAUGAAAGAAUCAUGGGACUUGACGUACUUCAUGGUGGUCAUUUUUCUCAUGGUUAUCAGACUGACACGAAGAAAAUAUCUGCUGUAUCCAUCUUUUUUGAGACAAUGCCAUACAGAUUGGAUGAGAGCACCGGUUACAUUGACUAUGAUCAGCUAGAAAAGAGUGCCGUGCUUUUCAGACCGAAACUUAUUGUUGCCGGUGCAAGUGCGUAUGCUCGUCUAUAUGAUUAUGCACGUAUUCGUAAGGUCUGUGACAAGCAAAAGGCGGUCAUGUUGGCUGAUAUGGCUCACAUUAGUGGGUUGGUUUCUUCUGGCGUUAUCCCUUCUCCUUUUGAGUAUGCAGAUGUUGUUACAACUACAACUCACAAAUCGCUUCGUGGUCCAAGAGGGGCUAUGAUAUUCUUCAGGAAGGGGUUGAAAGAGGUUAACAAACAAGGGAAAGAGGUCAUGUAUGACUAUGAGGACAGAAUUAACGCAGCUGUUUUUCCUGGACUUCAAGGUGGUCCACAUAACCACACUAUAACAGGUUUAGCAGUUGCUCUGAAGCAGGUGAAAACAUCCGAGUAUAAAGCCUACCAAGAUCAAGUUCUCCGUAAUUGCUCAAAGUUUGCAGAGACUUUGCUAGCGAGAGGAUAUGACUUAGUGUCUGGAGGCACUGAUAAUCAUUUAGUUUUGGUGAAUCUAAAAAACAAGGGAAUAGAUGGAUCAAGAGUGGAAAAAGUAUUAGAGUCAGUACAUAUUGCAGCAAACAAGAUUACUGUUCCUGGUGAUGUUUCCGCCAUGGUUCCAGGUGGCAUCCGUAUGGGAACACCGGCUCUCACAACAAGAGGAUUCAUUGAGGAAGAUUUUGCAAAAGUGGCUGAUUAUUUUGAUUUAGCAGUUAAGCUAGCCUUGAAGAUUAAGGCAGAGUCUCAAGGAACAAAGUUGAAGGACUUUGUAGCAACAAUGCAAUCAAAUGAGAAAAUACAGUCAGAGAUGGCAAAGCUGAGAGAGAUGGUUGAAGAGUAUGCUAAGCAAUUCCCAACGAUUGGGUUCGAGAAAGAGACGAUGCGAUACAAAGAGUAG